GAGAGCAAUGACGUAAUGAAGUUACAGUCCGACAGGGAACCACAAUUCCCAUGAUGCAUUUGAAAUUACCGUGGCCACUGGACGGGGGAAGGGAAGCUGAGAUUGGAGGGAGAAACAGUCAGAAACUGAGUUUUCAGAUAUUGUGUACAUAUGACAGCCCCUGCUCUGGACUCUGAACAUUCAAUAACUCUUAUCCAUGACCCCCAUCUCACUGGAAACCUUCUCAUCUUACGUUGGACGCGUGCUGAUGUUUCAUGUGAGGCUAAAGACACAAUAAACCCAGCCAAGUAAAUUAAACCUUACUGGUACCUCUAUGUGUGCACUGGAUUUGUCUCUUGAGUGCCAAAGUAAUGAAGACUCCUGGACGGGGAGAGCCCAGUCCUGAAAAGCAAUGUCAUCCUCCACCUUCUGUGUACGUGUGAUGGAGCUGAGGAGUGGACCCAGUGGCCAAGAAGAUCUGCGGAGGAGAGGAAGGAGGCAGGUUUCCAGGAAACUUGUGCAUUGAUGGAUUGCAAUUUCCUCCCGUCAGCUCUUGUAGACUGAUACCUGCACAUUCCUAUCAGCGUACGCACUCAAGGUUACACUUUAGAGUAGCUAAUAAAACAAAGCUGCCAUCAAAAACCACACAAUCAUCGCGGAUACACAGAUGUGCACAUUAUGGAUUUCUUCUGCCAGUGACAGUUUGUGGAAAUCACACUAGGGGGACUGUGGACGUUGAGUUCUGUGUGUAUGAAGGAGAAGUGCAUAAAUACUUGCUGUCACUACUAAUGUACACUACAGAAACCAUGGUGGUCCUUGCAUCGGCUCCUCAGCCCAUCGUCGUCCACGACUACAGCAGCCUUUAGAGGCCGGGAUCAGGAACACGCUCGCCAGCCAACACACUCAUAUGCAAUGGAAGAAGACAUUGAUGUCACACCCCACACUGAGGGCCUGAAUGGUUUGUCCCAUGAAUUUAAACCAUUAGAGGAAAUCACCAAUGGACACUCCAACCAUAAGCCUGUCAUGAACGGACUGAUAAUUAGUCAUAAUGUCAAAGAGCAGACCAACGGCAGCGCACCACUCAGAUCCCUGCCGAUUUCAGCACUGAAGCAGAAUGGUCUUCUUCAGACUCUGGCAGCCGGGGGGGACCAGCCUCAGCCUGCAGAGGAAAAUGUGGAGUUGGAAAAGGCCAGAGAGGAGUGGGAGGCUCUGGAGAACGUCCAACCAGCUCUCACUGAGGACUCGAACCCAACCCCGAUCAUCUCCUUUAAUGAAGCCUUGCAGUACUUCCAGACCACAGACCUCGGGGAUUUGCUGAAGAACAUCCAGCCCACCAUUCGCAGGACCGGUCUGGCCGCGAUCACACACUUCCUGUUCGGACCUCCACGGCUGCACAGGGAGCUGCUGGAGGAGAGGGACCUGGUGUUUGCCAUCGCACAGUGCCAUGUGGACAACAGCCAAACCGUCCACAUGCGGGUCCUCCAGACCAUUUAUAAGAGGCUGAUAGGCAGCAGGCUGGACUGUCCUCGCUUCGGGGCGCACUGGGAAAACAUCGGCUUUCAGGGUACAGACCCAGCCACUGACCUGCGUGGCACUGGUUUCCUGGGUCUGAUGCAUACGCUGUACUUUGUGAUGGACCCAGAGACUCUACCGUUGGCUAGAGACAUCUACAAGUUAUCACAACACCCCACACAGAACUUUCCAUUCAGUGUGAUGUCAAUCAACAUGACCCGCAUCGCUCUGCAAGUACUCAGAGAGGAAGCUUUGUCAAAGGAGUGCAAUCGUCGUCAGCAGGUGGUCGGUGUGCUCAAUGACUUCUACGUUGCCACGUAUCUGCACCUGUACCAACUGUGGAAGACCCAACAGAAGACCAUCGUAGACUCUGGCUUUGUACUAAAAGAAGUGGAGCUGUUUGCCAAAAAGAACCCGAAGCAGAUGCUGCGCCGACUAGAGGUCUUCCUGAAAGAGAGGCGGGCAGGUGGGGCCCCCGGCGGGACGUCGCCGGACCCUCAGGCCCAGCAGCCCUCUCCCAGCCUCGGGGCCAGGGCCGGGUCGGGACAGGGGAGCAAAGGAAAGGAGAUGCACUUCACAGGAGUGUGUGAUCUACCGCCAGACAUGGAGGGAGAGGCCAGACUCAUCUAAGCUAGACUCUGUAUGUGUGUAUGUGUGUGUGUGUGUGUGUGUAUGUGUGUAUGUGUGUGUGUGUGUGUGUGUGUGAGCAAUCGUGUUUGUGAGUGCAUCUAUCGCAGUGUGUGCAAGUGGCUUACUCUCAGAGAUAAACCCCACCAGUCCCUGAUCUAGGACCUGCUAUCUGAACCUAUUCAAACACUUCCACUCCUUCCUCUGACGCUGGGGUGCUGCACUUUGAUCAGAUUAAGCUUUCGGAGUUAUAUUUGAUUUAUUUUUUGUUAUUAAUGAUUAAAUUAUUUUUUUUUAAAAACAUAGAACAGUUGACUAUAAGGAGCUAAAGCAGGUUAGAAACACAGCAAGUGAUUUUUUUUUUUGUUGCACUUUUCUGUGAAUUUAGUAGCCAAAUAGAUAGCUGCCAAAUUCUUGUGGUUAAAUCCUAACCUGCCUAGAUGUCCAAAACGUACACUUGUGUGUCCCUAGGGUCCCUCAGUCAGGGUGUUAACAAGUAGAAGAGGGAGGGGCUUCUCCUCCCUCGCUCUGAGAUAUAGCGCCAUCACACGAGCAUGCUAACAGCUCAUUUUACAUACUGUCAAACGCUCUGUUAACUUUAUGGUGAUACUAGAGAAAUUAACCAGUUUCCAGCUGUGCUACAGGGGGGAAAGAGGCAGGUUUUUCUCUCGGUGUGAGUGGGGAGCGGCAGAUCGAAAAACCCAGGGAGGUUACAGAAGAUUUUAACACAAUAGACUUUGAACGCAUCCUGCUUUGAAGGUCCGGUCUCAUGCAUUCUCUAUUAGAGCGUUAAUGAAAUGUCUUGUGAAAGAUGUGGACGCUCAGCCCAGAUGUGUGGGGGGUAGAGCCAGGUGUUUCAUGGUGUGUGUUGCCAGGGGUCUGAUAGACUAGGUCCAGAGCUUCCACGUAAUGUGGGGGAAUAUAUUUUAAAUAAUAAAAAAACAAAACUAUUUUAGUCUUUUCUGAAGGGACAGGCGGACCAUAACUUCACAGUUAUGUUAAAGCACUGUAGAACUUUGUUAUGAAACUUGAUGACUUUGUGGCCGUUGGAAGGGUUUUGAUUUACCCCACCAGAACUUAUGAAAAUCUUUUCGCGGUUCAAGCCAAGGAGACACGUCAUAACAGAGUCUGUGCGCUCGGCUCGGUCCCGGAUAAAAUCGAAGGUCUGGUAUGAGCUUUCUCUACAUUCCGUUAUAAAGCAUGUGAUUGUAUGUUUUCUUUGACAGUUAAACAUUUAUUCCAGUGUGUGUGUGUGUGUGUGUGUGUGUGUGUACGCUUGUGUGUGUGACGUGAUGAAUGAGCUGAUAUUGAUGAAGGGUGCCUCUCCUCGGAGAUGUAUGGUACAGUAUGCAAUCCCAGCUCUCACUCAAUGAUAAUCAAAACGAUUUUGCUGUGUGACGAUGGAAAUCGUUCCUAACUUCAGGGUUUGUGCGCUUGUGCGAGUGAAUGUGUUUGUGUGGGCGUGUGUGUGUGUGUGUUUGUUGUAUGACAGGAACUGACUACAGAUGGGGUGCUUUCCUCUGCACACAAUAAGCCAGCUUUACUAAGUACUUGAUCCAUCAAGCUGCAAAGACGGUACAUUUUGUCGUUUUAAAAAAUGGUACAGAACAUUUCUUAGGGCAAAAUUUACCCAAUAAACUAAGAAAACAUUAUUUGUUUAAAAAAACCAAACAGAUGUUAGUUUUGAACACAGCUGGCGGCUGGGAUGGGUAGAGCUCCUCAGCAAAGCUGGUUCCUUCUUUGUGCUUAUGUGAAACCGUCCCCCAUCGUCGUAGUCUUGAUCUGUAGCAUGUUCAGGUAGCACUAGUACUGUAGCAUCCUAUAGCCUCCUCCUCUUCGUAAAGCUUGUUGAUGUCAUGUCUCAGUUACAGUCCGUAGUGUCAAUGGGUGCGCAAACUGUUACUACUAUAGCACAUUUAUUUCGUAUUUGCAUCAGGCCUCCUUCAGUAGACACACAUUUAGGUGGCGCAGCGUAUGUUUCGGAGAGAUGUGGGAUAGGCUUGACGUGUUAUUGAGCUCACCCUUGUCUUCUAAGAAGGUAACAGAAAAAACGGUGCCUACGUCCAGUGGAGCCACGAGGGGUAGAGCGCUGGUUUGUCCUUGCUUCCUUUUUGUUUUGUUUUCUUUCAUUUGAGCCACCGUGCCACAUUAGACUUCCUCCAUUCAUGUAACGCAGUAAACAGAGUCGAUGUGACCCCCUAAAA